CAAAUAAGGUAUGGAAAUUAGAAGGUCCUAUUGGUUAUGUGACUGAGUCUGUUCCUAGCUAAUCAGACACCUCGAUUUGCUCCCAGGACCUGCCUAUAAAAACGGCCAUGUUCCACCUACUCCCAGAACUGGUCUGCUCGGGCGAGUAUUCCCCUUUCGUUUUGCAAAGACCUUUCUUCUUUUUCCAAUGUCCGGCCGCGGCAAGCAGGGCGGCAAGGCGCGCGCCAAGGCCAAGUCUCGCUCCUCGCGGGCUGGGCUGCAGUUCCCCGUGGGCCGCGUGCACCGGCUGCUCCGCAAGGGCAACUACGCCGAGCGCGUCGGGGCGGGCGCGCCCGUGUACCUGGCGGCGGUGCUGGAGUACCUGACGGCCGAGAUCCUGGAGCUGGCGGGCAACGCGGCGCGCGACAACAAGAAGACGCGCAUCAUCCCGCGCCACCUGCAGCUGGCCAUCCGCAACGACGAGGAGCUCAACAAGCUGCUGGGCAAGGUGACCAUCGCGCAGGGCGGCGUGCUGCCCAACAUCCAGGCCGUGCUGCUGCCCAAGAAGACCGAGAGCCACCACAAGGCCAAGGGCAAGUGAUUGGACGGGCACCGCAGCUUCCGGAAGCGCUUUGAAACCCAAAGGCUCUUUUCAGAGCCCCCUA